AUGAAGAAUGGUGAUGCCAUUCUAAGCCCUGUCUCCAUCGUGCACAGAGGGUACCUCCUCGACGUCGACACCGACGAACCCCUCCCAGCAGACGAGGUCGUCGACCACGGUCCUGUGUCACUGGUCUAUCGAGCCAAGAGCUACGAAUGGAAAAGUACCUCCGUUUGCAGAAAGCUCAAGACCAUCUUAUCGGCAUCUGCCCACAACCACGAUAUCAACAAGGUAAUCGGCUUCGGCCUCGGCGGUUUCUCCAGGAGAAUGAUACCUUACAAGAGCGCAACCCGAGCCAUGACCCAACACGUGCUCCUCCGAGUCCUGAAGGACUGGCUUCAGAAGAAGACCGGCGGCAAGAGUCCAUGCUAUGCCCAGGACCCCGCGUACAACUCGAUUGACACGCAGGUCUUACAAGAGAAUGGCAUAGAGGUGAUUGACGACCCACGUGGCUGGCUUGAAGUUGAUGAGCAAUCGAUGGUAGUCUCUAUCGCAGCCACGGUUCCUGUCAAAGAGAUUAUUGCAGACAUUGCUCGGCCUGCAGUCAUCAUUUGGGAUCGUGUCAGUUUCGAGGACGCGAUUGGUAUGACGGGGGAAUCCGCGAGACUGGAUCCUAACUCUUAUCGUGUUUUCAAGAUGAUGGAAGAAUACGACAUGUUUGAAUUUGGUACCGGCGAGGAUUUGUGUCCCUGGGGCAGUAUUGUGGUCUAUAUUCGGAAGUCGAAGAUAGCGGUGCCGCCAAAUUUCAAAUGA